GUUCGAACUGUUUAUGUUUUAUUUUUGAAUCAAAGUCGUCUGUCCGGUAAUUAAAAUGAAUGACUUUAAAAAAGUUAAAGAACAGUAUAGUGAAAAAUUUAAGGGUUUUGGUGUUUAUACUGAAUGUAUGACUAGAGCUUUAUUUUACGGAGUAUCUUCCUUUGCCUUAACCUUUUCAGGUUUAUAUUUUUCACAAGCUCUAUUGAAAUCUCGGCUGCCUUACUCGCAGAAGUAUUUCUUAAUCCUACCAUCAGUUGUCAGCACUUGUGUUGCUUGGACAGUCACUUCACGGCGUGCCCAGAGAUGUCAGGAUGAGUGGAGAACUUCAGAACCUUUGUACACGCGAUUUCAAUAAUAAUUCAUUGAAAUUUAUAUUUCUAUCAUAAGAUUACAUGUAGAUAGUAUGGAAGCCAGUAGCUAGUUUUUAAAAAAAUAGGUUUUGAAUUGUUAUAUUUGUUUUAUUGAAGAAAUUUAUUUUAUCUUGAAAUAAUAGGGUUAAAUUUCAAUUUCGCGUUUUUGUUUAUUGAUCAUAAGUAUUGGAGAUUCUUUAAAUUUAUAUUAAAAUAGAAUUAUAUAUAAAAGAAGAUUUCUAGAUUUGCAAGAUUUGAUCAUUUAAGUUUUAAAUUAGAUGCAAAAAUAAAAAUAUUAUUAUAUCCAUUUUUGUAAUAUGUUAAUAAGGUGAGUUAAAUGAUUUUUACAUUUUUUUUUUUUUUUUAGAAAUUUUAUUUGCAGAAUGUUUUUUUCCUAGUAUAUAUUUUGUUUGUUGAAAUAAGUCAAACAAGUUGCCUGGUGUUUUAACUAAUUGUAAAAUUUAUUUCAUAUUUAAAGUUUUUUUUUUUUUAUGUAUUUUUAAAGUUUGUCUCAUUAUCCAUUAAAAAAAGUUAUCAUGGCUUUUUUUUUUGGAAUGAAUGAAACACAGUCUGCAAAACCAGUAGAAUCCUUAAAUUUAAUAUAGAUAAUACUAUAUCUUUCAAGUUCUGCUCUGCAGUUAUCUGCUUUUCCUUUAGAAAAUUUUGUUUUUAAAAGAUUUUGUUAUAAUUAAACAAUUCUUGUAUAUAAAAUAAUGAAUGAAUAAAUAAAUUAUUUCAA